UUGGUGAAUACCGGUUAUCUUCUGGCAAAAGCCAAAUAUCUUUCAAAUGAUUUAGCGAAUGCUGAAAUUUUGCUAAAAUUAUGCCUUGAUAAGGAAGAAACGAUAGCCGAGGCUUAUUUACUCAUGGCACAGAUUCACAUUUAUAAGAAUCAUUAUGAAGAAGCAGGCAGAUAUCUCGACACUGGUUUGAGUUUCAAUUUUAAGGUUCGAGAGCAUCCACUAUAUCAUCUAAUCAAAGCCAAACUGCAAAAAAAAUCUAAUCAAAUAGAGCAGUCUGUUAUUACUCUUCGAAAAGCGGUAGAAUUGCCAGCUUUCCAAGAUACUGUUAUUAACAAACGUGAUAAAUUAGAUGAUGAAGCUGAUGUUAUAAUGGAAGAGGCGACAAGUCGGUGGUCAGGAAAAGCUGAAGAGCAACAGCUUAUGCUAAUGGAUGCGGAUCUCAAGUUGAUGCGGAAUGAUAUUGAUGGAGCAUUAAAAGUUCUAUCGUCAGUAUCACCAACUCAAUCAAAUUAUCAAAUAGCCAGGAUUAAAAUGGCACAAAUCUACUUGGAAGAGAAAAAGGAUAAACGUCAAUUUGCCAUCUGUUACAAACAAAUAAUAGAGCGCAAUCCUUCUCCAGCUGCUUAUAUAUUACUCGGAAAUGCUUAUAUGAGCAUACAAGAACCUGCAAAAGCAAUUGAAGUAUAUGAAACGGCACUGAAAAAUAAUCCAAAGAACGAUGAACUUGCCGAAAAAAUUGGACAAGCCUAUGUGCAGUGCCAUUUGUACAAUAGGGCAGUAAAUUAUUAUGAGGCAGCAUUAAAAAGUGGCCAUAAAAGCAGGAUAAGACAACGUUUAGCAGAACUUCUUGUGCAGCUGGGCAAUUAUGAAAGAUGUGAGAAGGUGCUUCGUCAAGGUCUUGAAUCUAAUUCGAAUAGUUAUGAAGUUGCGACAAUGUCCAAUCAUGUUUCCUAUUGGAUGCUCCUUUCGAAAUUGCAUUUCGAAAAAGGAGAUUGGUUGGAAGCAGCUGAAGAUCUAACCCGAGCUAAAGAUCUUCAAAAAUUGUUAAUCAGCAAAUCUCCGUCUGAACUAUCGAAUUUGGCUGAAGAGAAAAAAUUUGCUGCCAAGAUUUGUUGUCAACUAGCUGAACUUCACUGGAAUCGUCGUGAUGGAAAUAAAGCAAUUGAAUUUUAUAAGGAGGCGAUUGCAUUGAAUAAUACCGAUAUCAAAACAAUGACAUCACUUGCUACAAUAUAUCUUUCCAUGAACAAAUUCGAUGCAUGUAACACUCAAUGUCAAUUGGUUUUAAAUAUCGACAAACAAAAUGACGAUGCUACGUUGGUCCGUCAUCAUAUUUCAUUAUUAAAUUUUUAA